AUGCUCAUUAUGCUACACCCCGACCACUUGUCGCUUGAUGGUGACGAGUGGAACACGCGGUUCGUUCGCGUUGCUAUUCCCACUGGUGGUGCAGAACACGUCACCGCGGCUGAUGCGAUUGUGGAGUGGUUUCAGGGUCGCGUCGACGAGGAUUUUGCGCGCGGCUCCAUUCAGUGCACCCGCUCCCGCCAGCUUAAGGAUCCCGAGCGUCUGUUGGAUCUGGACGCGACGUCAUUCCGCGGCUCCUGCGGCAACAUCGCUUGUCUGUUCGCGUUCGACAAGAUCAUUGCCCAGUUGGACGCGGUCGCUGCCACUGGAUCCGGGCCGCAAUUCUCGAGGCCAACCACGAAGACUCUGAAUGCUUUGCGGCAUGAGGCGUACCAAACCGCCGAAGAGCUCGCGUUCAACUUGAGCGUGGAUAUGACGCGACCCAUGCACGGCGGUGAGGCUGAAGGGGCUGAAACGGGGAAGGUGCAGAAAGUGGCUACGGGUGCGCAGGUUGCUGACCAUGGUGUUCUCGCUCUCACAGGUGCCACUGGUGUUUCGAACUGCGGAGGUGCUCGGGGGGGGACGGUGGUCCACGCUGAUGACGACGGGGCCGAGGAUACCGCGACGAAGGGUGCAACCCGCGAUGAGGCUGACCUCGCUGUUGCGCGUGAGGGGGAGGAGUCAAGCGAGGAGGAGGCGGAGGCACAUGUGGUAGCGGCCACGGCAUCGAGCAGGCCCACUACAUCCGGCAAGAGCAUCAAGCACCUCGCGCAGCACUUGGCUCACGGUGCUGGAAGCGCGGGCCCGAGUGGUGAGGUCGCGGGCAAGAGUCCCCUUGCGUCCGCGCUUGCUAAUGCGGUUCGGGUGUUGGAGAAGGAGGCGAGGGCAAUCGCGCAGGAAAGAGCGGCACUGGUCGAUACGCGUAACCAGGAGGCGUUGGUGCUGGGGCGAGUGGAUGCGAGGCUGGGACAGCUGCAGGGGGUGGUGAUCGACUCCAUGGAAGCCGCUCAGAAGAAGCUGACGGACGAGGUUGCGCGGAAGAUCGACAACAUGUCGACCGCGGUCUCCGCGACAGCAGAGCGGGCAAUCACCACCAGCGGGGUCACGAACGCGCUGCACACCCUAAUCGCGCUCGUUGGAGGAGCCCCCCCGCCGCGCACGGAUAAUGAAGGAGCGGCCGCGACGGAGAUUGCCGAGCUCGGGGAUGCAGAGCAUGGAAAGCGGGCAGCGGGUGCGAAGGCGGAGAAUCAACGGGGGGCGAAGAGGCAGAGAGGUCCCCAGGCAGCGGCCGCGGUGCGCAAUCCGAGCGUGCAGGACAUGCUGAAGCAGAAGUGGGGCCCUGCAUCGCGAGGUCCAGCACCGCCUGGUCAACCGGGUUCGAGCUCGCGCUCCAUCCCACAUGGAGAAGCUGCACCCAAACCACCGGGCCCUGCCGGGGCAACCGUGACAGUGACAAGUACUGUGGGUCGGGGCAAGGGUAAGGCGGAGGAUGGAGAGGCGCCGGCUGCUGCGGGUUCGCUGGCCUCGAGGCGUGAGGUCCAGUCCGCAGCGGGUGCUGCGGCAGAGGGCAGGCAGACCACGCUCGCACCCGCUCGUGCUGCAAUCGCCGCGGGACAUCUGCACAGCGCACUGGCAUCUGCAGGUCCUAUCGCGGCCUCGGUUGAGGGCAAGGCGGAGAAACGCGGACGGGGUGGCAAGAAGUUGCCCACUCCACCCGUGUACACGAUCGACGAGGACGAUGCGGAUGAGGAGCUGGAGGGUCUCGUGAGCAGGUGGGUCGAGGCGGCCGACGGAGGAGAGAAGGGUGGGGAGGCCGCGGUCGAUAUUUAUAGCGGCGGAGAGAGCGCGGACGAGCAAGACGGAGACACCGUGAUCGUGGAAGGUGGCACAACGGGAGGACAUGGUGACACCGCCCCCAAGCGCAAGGGCUGCGGCAUCCGCGCUCCACCCAGGGGCGGGCCCGGAUUGGUUUCUGAACCCCAUCUGGGGGGGAAGAAGCGAUGGCUCGGACACGGCGACCGCGAAGACCUGCAGUACAAGACCGCGAUCGCGAUGUAUCCCUACGACGGGAAGGUCGACCCCGGGCUGAACGUGAGCCAGAAGCAGAUCCGAGAAUGGGCCGCGGACCUGUCCAUCGCCGAGGGGUUACAUACGGGCCUCUUAAUCACCAUGCACUACCGCAACCUUGUGGCAAGCAAGGACAUGUGGCACCGCAUGUUCGAUUCCUAUCGCGGGCUUACCAAGCCCGGAAUGCACACCACCAACGUGAUUGCAUGGGCCGCGGUGGUAGGCAAGGAGGCUGCAGCAGAAGAAGCGGAUCUCGGCGACGUGGAGCCGACGGACUACGCGGGAGCGAUCACAUGCGCCAUUGCAAUGGUGUGGGAGGUCACUCGCGGUUCUAACGUCACGGCCGCGGCGGAUAAUGGAAACCUGGCCGCGCGUGCAGCUGGUUGCUAUGGAGAGCGAAGCCGUCUCUUCCCCGUAGUAUCCGCGUACGUCAUCAAUGCGGUGCGGAAGCGCAAUAGCCGUGAGGAAGAUGAGCCACAGGUUGUCGCGGACCAGAAGGCGGUCGCCGCCGCGAUCGUGUCCGGAGUCGUGAACGAGGUCAUUGCAAAGUCUCGCGAUCUCAGGCACAUUGAGUUGGCCGCCCGCGAAACGGUGGACGUUAUCAUCACCUGGUGCGACUGCUCGGUGGCAGGGAAGCAGAUGGAGUCCUUGGGUUUGUACCUUGCCCUGCCAAAGGAUCGUCUGACGAAGCGCACUUGA